UGUAACUUUCGAAACCGAAGGUGGCUUCUGAUUAUACGUUUACCCCAGUCUGCAAUCUACCGACAACUAGUAUCGACCUCUAAGGCUUUUAAGAUUUCCGAAGUCUGAAACAGAAGCCCUACACCAUGACCAAGUCCGGUCAAGAAUCAAGUGAAUGCCGUGCCAUCUCAAAUCAACCCGAAGGCCGCCGCUACUUGAAUACCUCUCCGUAUCUCAAGUCAGAGGUGGCCUUCAACCGAUUUACCAUCUUCUGCGGACCAUUUGCCCAAAUGCUCUUCUUCAUCUUCCUGCCUGCCUCGCGUAAUUUUCCUCCCAUCAGCCCUCAUAAGUCACCCGAAGAAACAGUUGAGCACUAUCUCCAGAAUGAAAGUGCUCUCCGCGCCACCGCUGCCCUGAUGUCAAUGACACCUAUUUUUUGGCCGCUAUUUUGCGCUGGCGUGAACAGACAACUCUCUCGAAUUCCCGGUGUCAGCCAAACUGCGCUGUAUGCCCAGCUUGCUAGUGGCUCAUUAGCAGCCGUCACCAUGAUGGUCCCGUCCUUCCUCUUCGCAACUACUGUCUAUCGACUGGAUCGUGAUCCCAACAUCACCCAGGCCUUGAGCGAUCUCUCUUGGCUGACGUUCAGUAUGGGCUGGACGCCAUCUAUCGCACAGGAUGUCGCCAUUUCUUACGCUAUCCUGCAAGACCGUCGUCCUAACCCCCUUUUCCCUCGUUGGCUGGCGUUUGUGAAUACCGGCUUGACGGUAUUCCUGUAUCCAUCUCUCGGAGUUCAUUGUGUUCAUGGAGGUGCUUUGGCUUGGAAUGGCGCCAUUACUUUCUGGGUCGGAGCGGCAGCGUUCUUCAUACAACUUAACCUAUUGGUUUUCUUCUUAAUGAGGGCAGUCGGGAGGCCUGACGAGCCCAGUGAACCUGCUUCAGAGAGUGGAACGCCUUCAGAGAGCGAUUGAUUCGUCGAUAAUGAGCAAUCUGGGCAAUAUCAAAAACAUCACGAAAAUUGGGCUUCAUACCAGAAAGCCACCCGAAGCUCAAAGUUUGGAUUGCGACGGAAGAAGCUUUUCCAAUCACUUUUUUCCCGGGCUUUAAAUUAGAAUCUUUGAAGUGACUCAAUUAACUAGUAAACCCAGUUUUCGAGGCUUGAAGGAUUUACGUCAGGGCUUAUGAACUUAGAAGGAUCUCGGGCCCAUAUCCCUUUCACCAUCGAUUUACCGGGUUUUCCAUGUUUUUUAUAUAUUAUCGUUAUUGUGUUUACCUCUUGCGAAGGUUGGAGCUAGCAGAUAUUAGGC